GAGGAUAUCUAGUGAAAGUAGUUGUGUCGUCCGGCGUCGCCGUAUAAAAACCCACGAUUUGAUGAUAUGAAGCACAUUCAGACUCAUCUUCUCUUAGCAUGUUCACCAUGAAGGCUUUUCUAAUUGCAUUGUUAUUCGUCGCUGCCUUCGCCAGUGAUGCGCCGGAGAAGAAACAUGAAAAACGUGCUUAUUUACACGGAGGACCAUCACAUGGACAUCAUGACGUUAUUCACCAUGACGUUGUGCUACAUGGGAACGGGCAUGAAUAUGGACAUGGAUAUGGACAUGGAUAUGGACAUGGAUAUGGACAUGGAUAUAAACACGGAUAUAGAUACGGACACGGAUACGGACAUGGGCCUGCAUACGGACAUGGGCCUGCAUACGGACAUGGGCCUGCAUACGGACAUGGGCCUGCAUACGGACAUGGGCCUGCAUACGGACAUGGGCCUGGAUACGGAUAUGGGCCUGGAAUUAUCCAUGGUAAUAAUGGAAUCGAAAUCCUAGAAGUGCCAAACGGUCACGGAAUACACGGACCAGGUUUUGGAAACGGACAUGUUCACGGAAUAUACGCACCAGGUCUUGGAAACGGAUACGGAUACGGAUACGGACCCGUACACCACGUUCACAAAACCGUCGUGAAUCGCGUGGUCCCAGUUGCAGUGCCCGUACCUCAACCUGUUCCCGUCACUCGUAAAGUCCCCGUACCGGUGCCGCAUCCCGUACCUGUUGAAGUAAAGCGUCCCGUUCCCGUUCCAGUGCCUCAACCAGUUCCAUUUGUCAUCACCAAACAUUACCCCGUUAACGUACCCCGCCCAGUUCCAGUGCCAGUACCUCAUGCCGUGCACGUACCGCAUCCGGUGCCACACCCAGUCCCAGUUCCACAUCCGGUUCCGGUACCAGUUGCCCCAGCUCCAAUUCCACAACCCUUACCCGAUCCAUAUCCUUUUCCGUUGCCCGCGCAACCAAUCGCGCCUUUCCCAUCUUUUCAACCUACUGAUCCUCAAUCAGUCAGUAUCACCUCUCCCAUCGGAAUUGGGCCGGCGGGUACAGGAGCCGGCGCAAUAUUGGAAAAUGAACACGGUUCUGGACUCACCAUUACCAGUAGCAUCAUAAACGGUGGCGGUACUUUCGGAGCCACAGCCUCGGGACUUCAAGUGAAUGUGGAUCCAGACAGCGAGGGAUACUCUUAUCCGGUACCGACCAAGAAAUUCUUUUAAGCGAAGCAUUUGAAAGAAUUUGUUGCAGACGACAUCUCCGAUUUGCACGCCAACGCGAUACAUCUGCCGUUUUCGAGACCUCGGAUAUACGGCACGCGGUUGGCCCGAGUCACGCCACACCCAUUUAUUCCGCGUUUCACUUGAUAUUUAUGGAUUCGCAUACUGCGGAAAGUCCGCGCGCGAGAGGUCGCAACCUCGAUUAAAAUUCCGCCUAAAACCGCAAAACGAAAAGGAUCGACGUACAUAAAUAUAUUGGCAUUUACUUUCGUGUUUUCGAUAGUGACAAGGGAAAGAGAGUGUUGCAUUUUGAAGACGUGAAAGUAACAUGAUGCAAAAUCCGAGGAGAUGAAUAAUCACGCAAGCGCGCGAUGGAAAUAAGAAAUAUGACGAUCUAUUCGAUACUUUCUGUUACGGUAAUCCUACGUAGGCAGGAAAAGAUUGCUAACAAUUCUUUCAAGAUGUAUCGUUCGCACGUUUACAGUAAGAUCGUAUUCUAAGCAUGAUACAAUAAUUUGUAACUAUUUAUUUGUCUCUCUUGUAUCUAUGAGAAUAUACAAAAAGUAUAUUUCCGUUAUUUAUCAUAGAAUGCAUUUAAACAAUUAUUAAAAAUGAAUUCGAAUUAUAGAUACGAAUGCAAACUGUUUUGUACAAAGAAUAAAGUUUGAAUUACUCGACUUGUUAAUUUAACCAGCUUUGAUUGUUUUCUCUGAUCACCCUUCAUGCAAUACCCUUAUACUGGAAUCCUCUCGUAAAGCAGUAACUACACACGAUAUGAUCCUGCGGGUUCAAGAUACGCGAGUAGAUUUACUCCGAUUCGAAAGUGAUUAAAGUUGCUA